CGGGUGGUCUGUGCACACAGCGGGGACAGUUCAGGACACGAGUGGUCGGUGCACACACCGGGGACAGUUCAGGACACGAGUGGUCGGUGCACACACCGGGGACAGUUCAGGACACGAGUGGUCGGUGCACACACCGGGGACAGUUCAGGACACGAGUGUGGUCGGUGCACACACCGGGGACAGUUCAGGACACGAGUGGUCGGUGCACACAGCGGGGACAGUUCAGGACACAGGUGGUCGGUGCACACAGCAGACACAGUUCAUGACACAGGUGGUCAGUGCGCACAACAGGGACAGUUCAAAACACGGGUGGUCGGUGCACACAGCGGGGACAGUUCAGGACACAGGUGGUCGGUGCACACAGCGGGGACAGUUCAGGACACAGGUGGUCGGUGCACACAGCGGGGACAGUUCAGGACACAGGUGGUCGGUGCACACAGCGGGGACAGUUCAGGACACAGGUGGUCGGUGCACACAGCGGGGACAGUUCAGGACACGAGUGGUCAGUGCACACAGCGGGGACAGUGCAGAACAUGUGUGGUCGGUGCACACAGCAGGCACAGUUCAGGACACAGGUGGUCAGUGCGCACAAGGACAGUUCAGGACACGGGUGGUCGGUGCACACAGCGGGGACAGUUCAGGACACGGGUGGUCGGUGCACACAGCGGGGACAGUUCAGGACACAGGUGGUCUGUGCGCACAACAGGGACAGUUCAGGACACUCAUGGUAAGCAGCUUGCAGACCCUCAGCGGCAGGCAGCUCCAGACACAGGGAUGACCAGCGGUCAGCAUUCCAGG